AUGCAGAAGAAAUCCAAGCCCAGAGGAGCCUCUGACAAAGCAAAAAUGUUUGGGAUUGCGGAGGACCCCUGGGACCAAGAAACGGAGGUGUGCGGCAGCGGCAGCACGAGCAUUAGCAAGCCAGGGGACAGCACUCAAUCCAGCAACCGAGACUUGGCUGCUCUUGAGAAGUACUGUGACAAUGGUUACAGUACCCUCAGCCUAAGACCCACAGAGCUGCUGACAUUUACCCCCUGGUUGGCACCCAUCGUCUCCACGGAAACCUUCGACCCAGAGCUUCUGAAGAACAUGUAUCAACCACUGAACCUGACCAGAGUCACCAUGUUUGCCAUAGGGAAGUACACCUGCUUCAGGUCCUUCCCGGAGUCAGCUGAAGAGUUCUUUAUGCGUGGGUACCAAGUGCACUAUUACCUCUUUACCCAUGAUCCUGCAGCUGUUCCCAGAGUUCCCCUGGGCCGUUGGCUCCUCAGCAUCAUCCCCAUCCAGGGUCCCUCCCAGUGGGAGGAGAUUUCUAUGCGCUGAAUGGAGACCAUCAACAAACACAUUGACAAGAGGACCCACAUGGAUUACCUCUUCUGUGUCGAUGUGGAUAUGGUCUUCCGUAACCCAUGGGGCCCUGAGACCUUGAGGGAUCUGGUGGCUGCCAUUCGCCCAAGGUAUUUUUCUGUACCUCACCAGCAACUCCCUUAUGAAUGCAGGCAAGUUCCCUCUGCCUUUGUGGCAGACAGCGAGGGGGACUUCUAUUAUGGUGGGGCAGUCUUUGGGAGACAAGUGGCCAGGGUGUAUGAGUACCUCUGGGAUGACAGGAAGACUCAGCCACCAAACCUGAAGACUAUCCGAUUCUCCUCAGUGGGGAAGGACACCAACUGGCUGAGGAACUAA